AUGAACGACAAGAAGCCCCUCAACUUGGCGCACCGUAACCAAGCUAAUAAGAGAAAGUCAACUGCCUACUCGGAGUGUUUUUACUGUCACGGCAUCGCUAAUGUGGACGGCAAAGGCCAUCUAAAGGCCGACUUCGCCUUGCUUAAGAGCGACCUCAGCAAAGGAAUCACACGCAAGAACUUCAAGGAGGUUCCUGCAAAGCGGAUCAAGGUCAAGGCCCGCCUGAGUUCGAUGGCGAUCCCCGACAUGGACGAACUUCCAGACAGCGGACCGGACAAGUGGUCCUGCCUGACCAGCAUCGCGCAUAGUCUCGCGGACCAGACAACACGUAUGGAAGAGGAGGUAAGCCGCCUGGCACCGUAUCUACUGAAGAGGUCUUACACCAUUGACACUAGUGACUGGGUGUUGGACUCUGGCUGUGGUAUGCACAUGACGCCGCUCUCAGG